UUUAAUGGAAGGAAUUUAACUCUGGGUGGAGCUAAGUACUGAGAAAUAAGGUAUUUAAACUUGAGAACGAAGUGAACGAGGCGCAGGUUAAAAUGGCUCUCUACCAGUUUCUGUGUGGUUUAACUGUGGUGAUCAUUCUUUCAUCCAAAGAUUGUCACUCACAGCAGCCAAAAUGUGGCGUUGCUUCGAGUAACACCAGAAUUGUGGGAGGUCAAGAUGCACCUCCAGGAAGUUGGCCCUGGCAAGUCAGUUUAGACUCUGGUCAAUGCGGAGGAUCCCUAAUUACCGACCAGUGGGUGCUGACAGCUGCUCACUGCAUAACAGAUGACAACAUAGAGGUUCAUCUGGGACGCCAAAGCCAGUCAGGUCCAAACCCCAAUGAAGUGUCUCUGGAAGUCGUUCAGACCACGUGCCAUCCUGCAUACGAUUUACUGAGCAGCAACAACGACAUAUGUCUUCUGAAGUUGUCGGCCCCUGUGAACUUAACCGACAACAUAUAUCCGAUCUGCUUGGCCUCAGCAAACAGCACCUUCCACACCGGGGUCAACAGCUGGGUCACUGGUUGGGGUCAAACUGGUAACGGUUCCUUGUCUGACAUCCUUCAGGAGGUGAAUGUACCGAUAGUGGGAAACAAUGAGUGCGAAUGCGCCUAUUAUGAUAUCACAGAGAACAUGAUCUGUGCCGGGCUCAGAGCUGGAGGGAAGGAUGCAUGUCAGGGAGACUCAGGAGGGCCGCUGGUGACCAAGAACGGUCCUAUCUGGGUCCAGAGUGGAGUUGUGAGUUUUGGUGAGGGCUGUGCCAAACCCAUGACUCCAGGAGUUUACACCCGUGUGUCCCAGUACCAGGACUGGAUCAGCAACAUCACUGGCAGCAGCAAACCCGGCUUUGUUACCUUCACCUCCACAGGAGUCGACAGCGACCUAAACUUUACCUGUCCAACAUCGCCACCCAGAACCACCACAACUACCAGCACCCAAUCAUCUCCGUCGACAACUCCCAUCACUGUCGUCACUGUCACAGACGACGACGGCAGUAUCUUCGGCAGUGGUGAAAGCGUGAUCCACUUCUCCUACUUCACUCACUUCGUCUCACUCUGCGUUCUUGUUCUUUCGCUCUAUGUGCUGGUUGGUGACGCGUAACUGUUGUCUCUCCCGAAGAGUGUCGUUCCCUGUGUUUUCUUUUAAUGUAGAAAACAAAGUAAAAAUACCGAAUUUGAAAAAACUGGGAUUGUCAACGACAAAACAAAUCCUUUUUAUGAUUUUAUAUUAGGGGUGUUGAGUUACUCUUUAAAUAUUAUGUUGAAUCGUGGAAAGUUAAUUUUUUAGAUGGUUGGGUUGACACACUAAGAUAAUUGUUAAUAAUCUACAAUAAACUUUGAUUCAAAUUUGGUAUUGUCUUGUGAAGAAAUGUUGUAAUGUUUUAUAAUGAAAAUUCAAUUUUAUUCAAUGAACAUAGGUAUUUAUUUUCCUAAUUUUUGGCCUCUUGGGGGCAGCAGGCUGAAAGGACAACAAGCUGUAAAUGCACUGACGAACUGUGUCCUAAUGAAGAUGUAACAAACCCAUUAGAAACAAUUGCCUAUUUACACACUGAGCAGAGCAAGAUUAACUUCUGUAGUUACUAGUUAUAUUACAGAUUGUCCAUUAAAAAGAAAAUAUAAUAUUAAAAGUUACAGUUCAAAACCUUUUUGGCUUGUGACUCUGUGACUAUGAGAAGUUAGCAUUUCCACCAAAGAGAUUUCCUUUCUAAACUACCCAUAGUUUCAUUUAAACUUAGAUUAACUGAUAUGUUUUGGGAUUUUUUAGGCCACUUGGGAGCAGCGGAAACAAGUUGUGAACAUUGACAUGUGGCAAAGUUGCUUACUUACAUAUCCAGCAGUUACAGAACAACAUUAUCAUUCAUUUGGAGUCGUGUUUCUGGCCUUCACCUGAUGAAUGUAAGUCUAAUAUUCUCUCUUUUUAGCUCUUUUUGGUCUUACCAACUCAGUAAGGGUACAUUUUCACUAGCUUGUCUUUAAUUUUGUCUGUCUGCUGUUUGGUGUUGGUACAGUUGCUUCAUUAGAGCUUUAUUAAGCUUUAAACAGCUGUAUCUGGUUGUGUGGUUGUUGACAGCAAUGAGACCAAAACAGUUAAUUUGAAGGCUAUCAAAAUCAAAACAAUGAGCUGAAAGAUGCUAAAACGCUCUGUAGUGCUGAGGGGAACUGCAGAGUCGCUGCUAAAUUUCUGUGGGUUCAUCACAUCAAGAAACUCCUUUUAUUUAUUACUGCAGCUUUGAACUAAGAUUUAAAGAAAUGAACGCUUGAUAACUUACAUUUUGCCAAAAGGUGUGCAGCACUACACAGAAAAUGUGGCACGAUCUCUAUGAUAGUUUGAAAAUUCCCACAUAAACUGGCUGCCUAUAUCUGGUUUGUUUUCCUACUCUAUUAUUUCCCCUGGAGUUCCUCAGAGGAUUGUACGCGGUCUCAAACACACACACACACACACACACAUAUACCUGUUAACCUGGCAGAGAAGUGCAACUCAUCUCCCCGGGCCAGCAGGAUCAAUCAGGUGAGAAAUUACAUGCACUGAUUCCAAGUGUGUUUGGUGUGUGCAUAUGUAUUGUCCCCCGCUCUGAUUGUGUGUGUAGACAUGUGACUUUGGGUAUUUGUAGAUCAGAUUGCACUUAAAUGCCUUUUAAGGUUCACAAACUUCCUCUGAAAUUAAGCUUAAUUGGUUCAAAUGUACCAUUAUUUUUCAUUUCCUUUCACUGUUUUAAUUUUAAUUUUCAAAUAUCCACACAUGAAUGCAACCACUGUCCCCAACAGGCCACUGUACAUAAUUUGUGACAAACCUGCACUCCAAUAUGUUCUGGGUGGCUGAUCAGAAAACUAACUAGCAAGCAGCCUGAAGCAACAGAAACAGUCUCAUUGUUAUUCUGUGGCUGUGAUGGUGUAUUAUUAUUUUAGUCUCAGUGGGGUAAAUUGUGUGUUUAUGGACUUUUCUCACACUGUAGCUCACUGAGAACAACACAAAGAUGACAAAAAGCAAAUCUGACUCAGGGGAGAUAAAUAUCCUCCUGAAAAUAAAUUUGAUUUCUUGCUCUGA